AUUAAUAUCAACUAGUCCAUGCUGAGAAUCUUUAGUCCAGCUAUACGAAGAAUGGCAUCAAAAGCUAAGAAAUUGAAGGUUGAAGAACGAGAUGCUGCAGGUCUGGCCACUCUUCGAGGAGCCGGCUGGACUGAAGUCGACGGGCGUGAUGCAAUCUACAAGGAGUUUUUGUUCAAAGACUUUAACGAGGCGUUUGGAUUUAUGACACGCGUGGGUCUCAAGGCUGAGAAAAUGGAUCACCACCCAGAGUGGUUCAAUGUGUAUAACAAGGUUCAGAUAACGCUGAGCACGCACGAAUGCAGUGGACUGUCUGAACGCGACAUCAAACUUGCAACAUUCAUCGAACAAGCAGCAGUCACAGUGCAGUGACGUUCGGCCACUCCUCACUAACAAGUUGCAAAGUAACUGUUAGUAGCAGCCGUUGUUGUUGUUAUGAAAGACAUAUUAUAAUACAACAAUACAACAAUCAAUUCAAUCAACACUAA